CCAAAAUUUCUAGAGCAUCAAGUGAGAGUUAGGGACCUAAUUGUGAAGAAAUACUAUUAAUGAACUUAAUGGCAAAAAAAAAAUUUUCAAAGUUUAGGGACUAAAAAGAAAGGAGAUUAGGAUAAGGAUCAAGGCUGAUAUUUUUAUCCUCAGCCACGUGUUUUGCUCUUCAUCUUCAUUUUUCCUCUCCUCUGUCGACCGAAGCUCACCUAAGCCACCGACUCAUCCCCUUUGAGAAAAAUUGGUAACAAACUUGAUUUUUCCCUUCCUUUUCUUGUUAAAGAACUGAUUUUAGGACCUAGAACCCUCCCUUUGAAGUGGGAAUUUCAGAUCUGCUCUGUUUCUUCCCUUGGUCUGUCCGCUGUUCUGCUGGGUGUGAAUCCUUCGGGAUUUUUGUUUUCAUGAUUUCUCCUCCAGUCUCUGUCGGCCUCCAUACCCGCCAGCCCCGGUUUUGGCUGCUGGAAAAAUACUGGUAUGUUGAUGGCAUCUUUAAGUCCAAAAAUGAUUAAUUAGUUGCUGCCCGUGUUAUCCGAAAACCCUCUGUUGUGCUGUCCGGAUUUCUGCCGAAAUAUGGAAGAAUUUGGCAGCAUUUUAAACAUGUUUUUUUAGCUUAAUUCAUGUAGAAAUAAACCUGUUUUUGGCUUGAAAUUAACUGCUGUUCUGUGUGGAAAAUCCUGCUGUUUUGCCAAAAUUUUACUAUUCACGCGCAGUUACUGUUCACGCAGGAAAUUUUGCAAUUUGCUGCUGCGUUUUCUGCAUUUUCUGCUGCAUUUUUCUGCAAACUUGCUGCUGCAUUUUUCUGCAAGUUGCUGCUGUUUUUACUGUUCACGCAGAAACAUUCUGCAUUUUCCUGCACUGUUUUUGACCAGAAAACUCUGUAUUUUCUCCAGAAAAAUUCUGCAUUCUGCAGCGUUUUUCCUUGCUAUUUUUCUGCAUUGUUUUCCCCCAAAUUUCUUGCCGUUUACUGCAAAUUUUGCUCCUCGCCAACUUUUAGAAGUUACAGUUACUGUUCACUGCGUGCACUGUUUAUGUGCACUGUUUAUGUGCACUGUUCAUCCGUUGAAUUUUAAUUAAUUUGAGUAGAAAAUCUCAUGGAAUACGUUAGUUAUGGCAUUGGAUUAAUUUUAGUCCAGUAGUGAUGUAUUAUUGAUUGGGGUUUUGUUUGGUUGUGAGAAUGUGAUGGGAAAAGGAAAAGGAAAUUGGUUAUUAAUUCUUGAAUAUUUUGAUUAGGUUCUUGAUCGUUCUGUUAGUUCAGUACAUGAAUUGAGUGCUCAGUUUUGCGGAGUGAGGUAAGUAAAUUAUGGUAAAGCCC